AUGUUUUACCCAGGAAUGUUCAGAGAAAAACCGAAGGAUAUAAUUUCGGACAAGUGGAAAAUCAUAUUAAGAGUUUCUAGCUUUCUUGUGUCAUGCUAUUUGAUAUGCUUUCACGGGGACCUUUUUGAUAUACCAGAAAAUAACAAGUUGUCGUAA